AUGUUGUGUGUUGCAGAGUUCCCGGCGGUGACACCGUGCUGGAAGACCGAGGAAUUCACCGUCUCCAAAGAUUGCUACAACUGUAACCAGUUUGAGACGAAAACGGUGGGUCAGUGUGGUGUCACCGGAUUCAUCGAGCAGGUCAGCUGCAGCCCGUCCAUGAAAGUGGAAUACAAGAGCUGCCGCUCGGUCGCCAUGGAGAAGACGGUCUUCUGGGAAUUCGUGGGGAUCAUGAUGGUGGCGGCGGUGGUCAUGUCGCUGGUGGUGGUGUUCCGGCAGAGGACGCUGGACCGGAGGGCCCUGGAGAAGGUGCGCAAGCAGAUCGAGUCCAUCUGA